AGUUUGGCAAACAUGUUGACGGUUUUCUAACAUCGCAGGACUAGUGAUGUGGAAGACAAAAUCAGGGAAUUCAGCCUGUUUCCGAUCCUAUCUGUUGGUGUAGCUGUUGUCAUGGCAGCCAGCGCAGUCCCCAGUGACAACCUUCCCACAUACAAGCUUGUGGUGGUGGGAGAUGGGGGUGUUGGCAAAAGUGCUCUCACCAUCCAGUUUUUCCAGAAGAUAUUUGUGCCUGAUUAUGAUCCAACCAUCGAGGACUCUUAUCUGAAACACACUGAGAUUGAUGGCCAGUGGGCCAUCUUGGAUGUACUAGACACGGCAGGACAGGAGGAGUUCAGUGCCAUGCGUGAGCAGUACAUGCGAACGGGUGAUGGGUUUCUCAUCGUCUUCUCAGUGACAGACAAGGCCAGUUUUGAGCAUGUCGACCGCUUUCACCAGCUCAUCCUCAGGGUGAAGGAUCGGGAGUCUUUCCCGAUGAUCCUGGUGGCUAACAAAGUGGACCUGGUGCAUCUGCGGAAGGUGACUAGUGAGCAGGGCUUUGAGAUGGCUGCCAAGCAUAGUAUUACUUACAUUGAAACAAGUGCCAAGGACCCUCCGAUGAAUGUGGACAAAGCAUUUCAUGAGCUUGUCAGGGUAAUCAGGCAGCAGGUUCCAGAGAGAAGUCAGAAGAAGAAGAAAAAGAUGAAAUGGCGUGGUGAUCGGGCCACAGCCUCACACAAACUACACUGUGUUAUUUCCUGACUACCUCUCCUAUCUUCUCAAAGUUCCUAGAGAUGAAACACCCCCCUCCCCAAAAAAGAGAAUAUAGGAGGAGGAAAGACUUUUCCUUGUCAGAGAAGAUGAUGUUGAGUCACGGAACCUCCAGUCUCUCUCAGGAAAGUCUCCCUAGUAGGGAGGCCAGUGUUUCCUCAGCGUGGAGGCAUCUAAAGAGUCACAAAGCUACCACAAGUUUGCACUUCAACAAAGAAAGGAUCGUAGAUCGACUAAAUAACUGACCUGAUUUAAUGAUUGUUCUCAAUGCUGUGAGCAGAGUUUUUGUUGUUGGGGCUCAUAAAAGAAUGUAUACGUUUCUGACUGGCUAAAUGUGAUGUGAUAUGAUGUAGACAGUUGUAUAGCUAAAU